CUGUGCCAUGCCCAUGUGCAUCUCGACAAGUGUUUCCUGCUGGAUCAAUGCGAUGACCUUGUGACCGGCGACUUCGCAGAGGCCCUUAAGGUCACGGCAAAGGCAAAGCGCACAUUUUUGUCCAAUCCCACCGACGUACAUGCUCGAGGAAGGCGAUUGAUCACGCAGAGCGUGGAGUGCGGCGUCACUGCGAUGCGCGCACAUGUAGAAGUAGAUGAAACCGUCGCUAUGACCUGCCUGGACACUGGCCUGAGGCUGAAGCGGGAAUACUCUUCAGUCUGCGACAUUCAAGUAGCAGUAUUCGCUCAGGAUCCCUUCUUCUCCAACGAGGAGGACAGCGAGCCAGGGGUGAAUCUAUCACUCUUCCGGGACGCUUCCCUACGUGACGGUGUCGGCGCGGUCGGCUCCGCACCCUACGUUGAGCCCAGCAUCCCGCAAGCGAAAUGCAACAUCACCUACGUCCUGGACAUCGCCCACGCACGCGGCCUGCACGCAGACUUUCACCUCGACUACAACCUCGACCCGGCCUCCGAGCCGCUCAUCUGGUUCCUCCUCGACGAGCUCCGCGCACGCAUCGCCGAAGGCCGCUGGCACGCCGGUAUGCAGGUCUGCGUCGGCCACGCGACGCGCCUCGCGCUGUUCUCCGGGGACGAAUGGGCGCGCUUCCGGCGCGAGGUCGAGGAACACGCGCUGCCGAUCAUGCUCGUCGGGUUGCCCCCCAGCGACCUGUACAUGAUGGGCCGGGGAGCGCAGCCGGCGCAGAGGGGCACCCUGAACAUCCUGCGCCUCGCAGAACGGGGCGUGAGGGCGGCGAUGGCCGUGAACAACGUCGGGAAUGCGUUCACGCCGCAGGGCCCGCUCGACCCCCUCGCGUUAUGUCCGCUCGGCGUUGCGGUCUUCCAGAAUGGAACCAAGGACGCCUGCCAGACCCUUGUUGAAGCGGUCACAGUCAAUGCACGUACAGCAAUAGGGGUCCCCGGUCCUCGCAGCUUGAUGCCAGCAAUCGGUGGCCCUGCCGAUUUCGUGUUGCUGCAUGAUAACGACUCGAUGUACUCAGCCGCCCUCGACCCGUCAUAUUCGCGCACUACGAUCAAAGGUGGAGUGGUGGUCGCAAAGAGAUAUACAUCCCGGUGGUUGCUACAUGAGGAAUCCACUCACCGAUCUCCAGUAAUAUGA